ACUUGACACUGCUGAAGAGAGCUGGAGGGGAAAAAAGGGAAAAAGCGAAGAAAAAAAGGCAUAUGUGAAGGGAUUUGAGGGGCGGAUUUGGACAAAGUUUCCCAACUGUCCCGACCCGAGGAGGCUCCGGGGGGGUUGCAGGGGAAUCCAUUCGACCGAAAACAUGUUGCCUAUGUGUCAGUGGGAGAUGAUCGGGAAACAGAAGAUCAGAGAAAUAAUGGACGAUUCCCAUUUCAACUCAUCAUACUUUUGGUCUCCCGUCCACACUGUACAAGGACAGAUCGAGAACGCCAUGUUCCUGAACAAGGCGAAGGAGCAGCUGGGUCAUGAGAAGGCCAAUGCGCCCUCCUUCCAACACACUUCUGCCACCUCCACCUCCUCCCCCCACUACCCCACGGCGGUGCUUGCCACCCCGGGCUUAGUGGACGCAGGGUCCGGGGUGCGGUUGGUCCCCAAACAGGAAGGAGGUGGCGGAGCAGCAGGGGGAGGUGGUGGCAGCCUUGGGAUGAGUGCGCUGGGCGGACACCAGCACCAGGCACACACCCAGAACAUCACUGUCGUGCCUGUGUCCUCUACAGGAAUCAUGACUGCAGGUGACUGCUAG